AUGCUGUCACGGACGUACGGCGUGAGUAAAUUACACAGAAUUACUCGGUACUACCAACUCGCUCGACUGAGUACCACUGUGGAGGAUACUUACAAAUCGGCGUACCAGCAAUCUGUGAAUAAUCCUCAGGAAUUUUGGGCCAAGCAGGCGGAGGACUUGAGUUGGUUGAAAAAAUGGAAUAACGUGUGCGCAGAGCCCAACUCGCCGUUUCCGAGAUGGUUUGAAGGUGGCAAGAUCAAUCUAUGCUACAAUUGUCUGGAUCGACAUGUGGAGGACGGGUUUGGACAACAGAUUGCCGCAAUUCAAGAGAGUCCAGUGACUGGGACUCGGUCGCAAUACACAUACGAAGUUCUUUUGGAUCAAGUCACCCACUUGGCCGGCUAUUUGGCUCGUGAUUGUGGAAUCAAAAAAGGCGAUCGGGUACUCAUCUACAUGCCUAUGAUUGUCGAGUGCAUGAUUGCCAUGCUUGCCGCGGUUCGAAUCGGUGCUUUGCACACAGUCGUAUUUGGAGGUUUCUCCCCGGACCAAUUGGCACUACGCAUUAAGAAUGCUCGGCCCCGGGUGAUUGUUACCGCCUCGUACGGUGUGGAACCUAAACGACGCGUGGCUUACAAAGCAGCCGUGGAUGAGGCUCUGAAAAAGUCCACAUGUGAAGAUGUGGUCGAACGGUGUAUCUUCUUUCACCGACCGAUGUUACCCCGGGUGGGUAUAGAGGACUCAAAAUUCUUUGUCGACUGGGGACAAGCCAUGUCUUUGGGCAGACCACAUGAUGCUAUCCCCGUGGAAUCCACACAUCCGUCCUAUUUGAUAUACACAUCCGGAACAACAGGUAUGCUACAACAAGCACCGGAUUUUAUUAAUUAUAUAAUUUGGGGGCGGGUGUGUGUGUGGCGGGGUACGUUAUCCAUAUUGAAAAGGAACGACACUUCAUUUCAGAAUCGGUUCGGUAGGCACCGUACGCCGCCAUAUUGA